AUGACUUCCGUCCCGCAGCGCCACACGUACUAUGGAGCACCCACUUCAAGCUACACCCAAUCCCGCCAGUCUGCAAGCUACAGUUCGCAAAAGCGCAAGCAUGUAACUUUCGGCCCAUAUAUUGUGGGAUCGACGCUUGGAGAGGGUGAGUUUGGAAAGGUGAAGAUGGGGUGGUCUAAAACCUCGAGCUCAUCGAUGGACGUACCAAAGCAAGUGGCUAUCAAGCUAAUCAGGAGAGACACAAUACCAAAGAACUCGGAGAAAGAAGUCAAGAUUUACCGCGAAAUCAAUGCCCUAAAGCACUUGAACCACCCCAAUAUUGUACGGCUGGAAGAGGUACUGCAAAACUCAAAAUACAUUGGGAUCGUCCUCGAAUAUGCUUCAGGUGGAGAAUUUUACAAAUACAUCCAAAAGAAGAGGAGGCUGAAAGAAAGCGCUGCUUGUAGACUUUUUGCGCAAUUGAUCAGCGGCGUGUAUUACAUGCACUCUAAGGGCUUGGUCCAUAGGGAUCUUAAGCUCGAGAAUCUGCUUUUGGAUAAAAACGAGAACCUCCUGAUAACAGAUUUUGGUUUUGUCAAUGAGUUCUUACCAGAAAACGAGCUCAUGAAGACGUCGUGUGGCUCGCCAUGCUAUGCGGCACCCGAGUUGGUGGUCACAGCUAGGCCCUACGAGGCCCGCAAGGCAGACAUAUGGUCAUGUGGAGUUAUCAUGUACGCUAUGUUAGCUGGUUAUCUUCCCUGGGACGACGAUCCCGAAAACCCCGACGGUGAUGACAUUGGCAAACUUUACCGCUACAUCACUAGGACGCCGCUUAAGUUUCCCGAUUACAUUGCCCCUGUACCAAGAGAUCUGUUACGAGCAAUACUCGUUGCUGACCCCAAGAAAAGAAUAACAAUCGCACAGACUUUGCAUCAUCAGUGGCUUCAACCGCAUCUUCCAUUUUUGAGUGUCAUGCCUGAAGAAUGGGACCACGUUUCCAAGAACCAGGAGCUCCUGAGGCAGCCUCCUCAAAAGGGCGAAGCCGUCAACUCAGCGAGGCCGCGUUCCAACUGCUCUGUGUCUUCGACAAACUCAAAGGGAGAAAAACGCAAUUCGUUGAUCAUGGAUUCCUCGUUGUAUUCACAGCCAGUACCACCGCAGCAAUCUCAAUCACACGCGGUCGCAAUGCCAUCCUCUCCAUCUCCUAGGUUGCGCCAAUCCCCCGUAAAGAGUAAUAAUCGCCACAGUCGUAGUAAUUCGGCAGCAUCCAUUGCAUUACAAGCUGUUGUAGAUGCAGAGCGGGAAUACCACGCUACACAUCCCCCAUUCACAAGCUCUGCGUCCACAUCAGCGCUCCAAUUCGAAGUAUCUCCACACAGCACAUCCCCUAGACUGUACACGUUUUCACCAACAAAGGCUAAUCAGAACACAGUAACAUCUUUGCGGGACAGUGUCAUAAUAGAAACCAGUCCUCAAAAGGGCUCUGGCGCAUUUUUGAUUGCAUCUUCUUUAAAGGAAUCGCCAAACGGUACAGGAUUACCGGAGGCAUCUAGCGUUCCAACCACAUCUGGCUUCAAGGCCCCGCUUGCAGUGAAGGCUCAAGUGCCUCAUCAUGGCACUCACAACUUGGCUCUACACCGCAGACCGCGUCCAACAUCGUAUCACCCAGCAUCUUGUUCAACCUUUGGCGAUACUAGCCAGGCACCAACCUCGCAACCCGCUGUCAGCGGAGAAGCUACCACAGGGCAUACGCAAGCUAAUAUCGGCAAAAGCACAUCACAAGGAAUUAUGCAUCGAGACUCUUUCAGCAUGAAUAAACCUUUCGUAGACAUGCAAAUAGUGGCAGGAGACCUAAUCAAAUCGGGGGGCGAUGGUGACACUGUGGCCAAGAAAAUACACGACCAGGUGGAGGACGCGGAUCAUAGAGUUGAUCUUUCGAGACAGAGAAGACAAAGCCAGCGAUACAGUGUUGUCUAUGACAAGCUUUUUGGAGUUGCUCAACAAUCGGAAGACAAUGCCGUAGAGGACGCCGGGCCGGGAGGAAGUACGGUUGAGCGCGGUGCGUCAGGCACAUCAGUUAAGCGUGACAAGAAGAGAUUUAGUAUAAUGUCAAUUUACAGCCCGUCAAGGUCCAGCGUUGAUAGCGGAAGCCCCAAGAACGAGGAUAAGCAUAAAAGAACAGGCAGUGAGAACAAUCCGAGCGGAAGCUCCAAAAGGACACCGUCAAGGCAGGAGUCAUUAGUCAACGAUCAAGCAGACACAUCGCGGAAAAGCUCCGCGGCCAAAAAGCCGGAGCCAACGAAGCAAGCUUCGACGUUGAAGGAAGUCAAGGCAGACGCAUCGCGGAAGACUUCGAACCCGAUAAGCAAACAGGAGUCGUUGGGGCAGAGCUCAGUACAUGGAGAUGGCAAGGCGGAGGCUAGAGCGGAACCCGAGGCGAAUAAGAAGAACCCAACGGUUCAGCGGAGUGCGUCAUUGAAGAAGGCCGCGAAGCCGACCCAAACCCGAAAGAAAGUGAACCGCAGUUCAGUGAUGGUGUCGUCCGUGGCGGCCGGCAGCACUGAGAACGCGCGCCCCCGCGAACAAUCUACUGCCAAGCGGGUUAUCGACUUUUUCAAGAGAAGAAGCAUGCGGUUGUAA